UCUUUAGCUGUGCAGAAGCUUUUUAAUUUGAUGUAGUCCCAUAGGUCUAUACUUGCCUAAGUCUUCUUUGUAAUUGGAUUCGUUUCAUUGAAGAUGUCUUUAAAAUUUAUGCGGAAAAGAGUUCUGCCAAUAUUUUCUCUAAGUAUCUGAUGGUUUGUGGUCUAACAUCCAAGUCCUUGAUCAACUUGGAAUUUACUUUUGUAUUUGGUGAAAUAUAGUGGUUCAGAGGUGGGGAAGAUGGCGGUGGAGCGCGGCGUGCGGGUGUCCAGGGCUUGGCCGGCAGCAGGGCUGGGCCGGCUGGUGCGGGCCUACUUGCUGCUGCUGUGCUGCGCGGCUCGUGGAGGUGCGCUCUGCUUCCACAACGGAGAGACGGAGAAGAAGUGCUUUAUUGAGGAGAUUCCCGAGGAGACUAUGGUUAUAGGAAACUACCGGACGCAGCUCUAUGACAAGCAGCGGGAGGAGUACCAGCCGGUGACCCCCGAGCUUGGCAUGUUCGUGGAGGUGAAGGACCCAAAGGACAAGCUCAUCCUGGCCCGGCAGUAUGGUUCCAAAGGCAGAUUCACUUUCACCUCCCACACCCCUGGUGAGCACCAGAUCUGUCUUCACUCCAACUCCACCAAGUUUUCCCUUUUUGCUGGCGGCAUGUUGAGAGUUCACCUGGAUAUCCAGGUGGGUGAACAUGCCAACGACUAUGCAGAAAUCGCUGCUAAGGACAAGUUGAGUGAGUUGCAGCUCCGAAUGCGGCAACUGGUGGAGCAAGUGGAGCAGAUCCAGAAAGAGCAGAACUACCAGCGGUGGCAUGAGGAGCGCUUCCGGCAGACCAGUGAGAGCACAAACCAGCGGGUGUUGUGGUGGUCCAUCCUGCAAACCCUCAUCCUCGUGGCCAUCAGCGUCUGGCAGAUGCGGCACCUCAAGAGCUUCUUUGAAGCCAAGAAGCUGGUGUAACCAUCCCAGGUCUCACAGGCCUUCCUUCCUCCCUGCUGGGGGAGAAAAAGCCUCCUGGAACUGAUUUCUCUUUGGCAGGAGGAUUGGGUCCUAGAGGGGAGAGGGGUCAACGGCACCUUGGGCACAAGCUGGGGGUGGCAGCUUGGCUGCCUAAUCCCCUAGCCCCCUCAAGUGGUGGGGCACAUGCCUCCCCACUUCCCUGGGCUCUGGGAUCUUUGCAGUAAUCACCAGGGGCUGGUGAAGCCGCUGGGAACACCACUGGCACCUCAGAAUCACAAUGUUACUGAUCAGGGAUGUGAGAUUAUUGGCAGGGGCGGCUGGAGGGAGGGGAGUGGGUGGGCAAGCCAGUCUUCUUUUGUCUUCCUUUGCUAACUUGGGACUUUGAGCAGGUUAGGGUGUGGCUGUGGUUCCCUGCCACCCAAGGAAUCUCAUGUUCCCUCUUCGAGCCUAGAACUCAAUCUGCUGAUUUGGGCUAUAUGCAAACUGAGGGUGAGGUGGAGGGGUUUACCAUAAGCAAUGUGGCACUGCUUUAUGUGGUAGUCCUUUUGGGCGCUUGAGGAACUGGGGUUCUGGUACAAGAGGCCUUGGUACUGGUUGGGGACGGGGCCUGCAGAGUCUUAGUUACUGAUUUCAUUUCCAUUGAGUCUAGGUUUGUUACACUGGUUUCCCAAUAUUUAAGUCUGGGC